AUGGCACAAGUUGCUUUUCUGGACAACCUCCUCAGGGAAUAUCUAGUUUUCCGUGGUUUCUCAGGCACCUUAAAGGCCCUUGACCUGGAGCAGCGCACCGAAAAGGACCAACAUUUCAGGGCGGAGAGGAUUCUGGAGCAGUUCAACAACGCCGUGCAAACUUCCGAUCUUCAGGCUCUGAGGAGCUUGUGGUUCCACCUGGACAACAACAUAUUCUCCAAGCUGGAGCACACCUACGCCGUGGCCGUCAAGAAACUGGAAAACAGCCUACUUAAAUACUAUCUAGUGACUGCCUAUACCAGCAAUCGGCCGGAGAAGGUGUCCGAGUUCUUCAACAAGUUGGCUGGCGACCUGCAGCAGCAGAGCGAGUGGAAGGAUUGGUUCUAUUUCCCUUUCUGUAAGAACGCCGAGGAGUCGCCCACCUUUGCCCUGUUCUUCACCAAGCAGUGGCAGGAUACCUUGCUCCUUUCGCUGCGCAACUUCCUGACCACCGUUUACCAGUGCUUGCCGCAACCCACCUUUGUGCGGGCGGAGCAGGAGGCGGCCCACAUGCAACGCCUCAGCGAGGACAAUGCCGGGCUGCGUGCUCGCCUGGUCAACCUGCAGCAGGAGCUGCAUCAGCUGACCCAGCAGCAGCAGGGUGCUUCUGCCUCCGGAGCCAGCGGAGGAUCCAUUGGCGGAGAAGGUGGCGCACGGCGACGUAGCGUCUAUCGGCAGCAGCAGAGCCUUAGCGACAUCCUGCCCUUCGAUAUCAGUCCUCCUGGUCACAUAGUAGACGACUUCUGCAUCAUUGCCUCUGAGGCGAACAGCGUGAGCCAGGCCAGCGAUGCCCAGGCCCGGAGCCUAAAGCAGCUCAUACGGAACAUCGGUUCGGGAAGUUCGCCUGUAAUGGGAAGGAAGGACCAGGCAGCCAGUUCCCUGGGCGACAAGUCUACCAAACGCAGGUCCGGCAGCGUGGGACGCAGUUGGAUUUAAAAAGAUAAGUAACUAAGCUAUGCUACCAUUAUAUUUCCAGCGAGUAACGUGUAAUUCCGAUCAAAGUUUGAUACGUUAGUUUUGAUAUUAGUUUACAUUUACACGUCUAUAGGCAAACUGUUUUCUAAACCAGCUUAGAAGUCUUUUAAAUUAAUCAAAAAGCUUAAUUCCCAAAUACACUAGUUUUAGAUAACUCUUAUUUAUAAAUUGGCAUUAAUGGUUAAAAUAAAUUUAAAAGAUCGGUCUUUUGAA